CAAACAAGACCUGCGGCACACAUGACAGCAUGGUGGAGUUGCACAUGUAUCCCACCGUUUACUCUUUAUUCUUCAUCGUUGGGUUUCCAGCAAACUGUCUGUCGCUAUACGUGGCCUGGAUCCUCACCAAGAGAGGCAACAACCUGGCGGUGUAUCUCAUCUGUCUGUCUGUGGGAGAUCUUCUCUAUAUCUUGACUCUACCCGUCUGGAUCGUGAUGGCACUCAGACACCCAGUGGACGACUGUUUGUGCAGCAUCGUCGCGGCCGUCAUGUACAACAGCUUCUACGUGGGUUCUGGAUUUCUCUGCUGUAUUUCUAUGGACAGGUACUUGGCCAUCGUGUUUCCUCUUCAUUUUUCCAGGGUGAGGGAGGUGAGGACGGCGGUGCUGGUAAGCAUCCUAGUCUGGACGCUGGAGAUUGCAGUUCACCUGAGUCUUCUGGCUCACACAGGGACGAUCGGGAGCUUUUGUAGCCAUCGUUCCUGCGUGGCGCCGAUGCACAUGAGUGCCACCAAUGGCCACGAGGCCCUGAUCCGAGCCGUCCUGGGGUUCUUGAUUCCAGCACUCAUCAUGACCUUCUGUUUUCUGGAGAUCAACAGGGCGCUGAGGAAAAGCAUGUCUACUCUGUACAGUGAACGCAGGAAGAUUUGUUGUCUUCUUCUGUCCCUCCUCUUCACGUAUCUGGUGUCUUUUACACCCUUCCAGGUGGUGAUGUUCAUCCGGGCGCUGCAGGAGAAGGAAAACGGCUGCACCAGCCAACUUAUGAUAGAUCUUUUCAUGGUGUUCGUGGCAACAACGACAAUCAACAGUGUAUUGGAUCCCAUCAUUUACUGCCUCAUGAAUGAAAGUGCCAAAACAGAGAUGAAAAAACUUUAUCUGAACUGCGAGAAACAAUUGAGCUGGAUUUACUCGUCUGUUGUUAAACCACAGUGACGGUGGAAACACAGAUAUUAUUUACAUAUGACAUAUUUGAUUUCUAUCUAAACCAGCUUGACAACACGUUUGUAGAUGAUGUACCUUCGUGCCACCACAACAACAAUAUUUAGUUUGUAACUAAACAGAUAGUGAUGGAAAAGCAGCACAUACUUAUUUAUGGAUUUUUUGGGGAUAUUUCAAAUAAAUGUUUAAUUUGGUCUCAAUAGUGGACGAAAGUGUUGUCCAGGGUGCCGUAUCUCUACAAUAUUAAUUUUAACGCCUCCUCUAUAUAUGAGGUGUAUGGUACAAAAUAGGAAAAAAAACACUGCACUUACGGUGUAUAUAUCAUGAGAUAAAAUGAGCUUCAAAGACUGAUUUCGACCAUCAAUUUUAAUCUUUGACAUGGCCUUCCUCAGCCAAUAUUGAAGAGAUCAAGACUAUAUCUUAAGAAUGUUUUUUAAAUUAUGUAGGAUGAUUUUAUGUAAAAGUCAAUAAAAAACAAUGACAUUAGCUGGGUUUUCACAGACUGGCUCAUCUAUUUUUGAGCAGAAAGCUAACUAUCAGGUAGAGCCCUAUGUCUCGCUGGUAAGAGCAUGGUCUUGUAUCACAGGGAUUGCAUUUACUCAGGGAUGGAUUACUGACUGGGCCAAUGGGGCCAUUGACUACCAUGAUCCUGAGGAGACCCUGGACUUAAAGGUUGCACCAUCAGGUUUGGUACAGAGAACCCAACAACAAUGAAAACAAAUGUUUAUUAUGUUUAAUAUAUGUGUCCCAUAGCUUCCCUUUGGAGACCCUGUAAAAAAAUUAAAUGAUCAACAAAUCAUGGCAACCCAUGUUUUUAUGUUACUUUAACUUAAAUGUUACUUUAAAAUUAACUUAAAUUACAGCACAUUAAAUAGCUUUUUCUGGAUCUUUUGCUUGAUGAUUUGA